AUGGGCGCCAAAGAAUUAUUCUUCAAGCUUCGAAAGUUUCAAAACGGAAUCAAACCUUCUUGCGCUCAGAAUCCGCAACUCCAGAGGGUCUCCACGAAUGAAUCGUUAACCUUUUCUUUUUAUGAAAGAAGGAAGGCGACCGAGAACAGACUAGCAAAGGAAAGAGGGGCGAGAAACUUUUUAGUAGAAGAAGAACAAAGGAGGAGGAGGAAAGACAAGAAGAAUCGGAUAAAAAAUGAGGCAAAAGAAGCAAGACAGAGGGUAGCUGAGGAAUACGCCAUGGCCGGGGGACAAUUAAGUUUGCAAGAGAUGAAUGCCCAGCUAAAGAAAUCGAAAAAGGAGGAGAAGGCAACGAAUGGUGAUUUUACUCCUAGGAAUCCUGAUGAGGACGAUAUUGAUGGGGAGUGGGACUGGAAAGGCGAUGCGGUGAGCUUGAGAGAGUGGGCUUAA